CUAGAGUAACAAACUUUUACUGCAAGUUUUUUUUGUUCUUUAGAUUAUUUUUUGAAACAUUGUCCUGCAUGCAGAAUCUUGAACUUGGCGAUACUCGUGUGAAUUUUUUUGAAUGUGUGAUUAACCAGAGAGCUACAAUGUUAUGUGCAUUUUCAAUAUUUAAAAUGUGUAAAAAUGAGAGGUUUGCUAUGUUGCAUUGGUCUUCGACUUUUAUUUUUAAGUUAUUACUUAAGAUGCUUGCUCAGAAAUUUUUCUUAACUGUCUAUAUUGAUAUUAAAGAAACCUGAGUGGUCAAAAUGCUCUUAUUUUAUCCUUUGAAUGGGAGUUUUGGGGUGCACAGAUGGACUCUGAAGCGCAAACCCAAGCACACAAGUCUUUCCAUUGGGGAAAUGAUUCACCUUCCGCUUCACUGCUGGCCACUCCGAACCUCUCCGUCUGCAGAGGGGAGAAUGAAUGGGCAGUAAAACUUUGUUAAUUGAAAUCACCGUGUAUGCUUUUGCUUCAAGCGUCCUUCUUUUAUCUGGUGUCGUGUGGAGUGCAGGAUUUCCAGCAAAGCCGGCUGUUGGAUUGGCGAAGUUCCCCUGCGAGCGGUGUGGCAGUGUCUUCUCUUACAAAGGCAACUUACUGAAACAUCUGCGCUAUACCUGUGGAAAAGGGCCCCAGUUUGCCUGUCCUGUUUGUCCUCAGCGAAACAAAGACAAGUGGAGCCUUCAAAAACACAUCCGUAACAAACAUCCUGUUUAUUCUAGACUGGAACCUGUUAUACUACCAACAAUACAAGAUCCGAAACCCAAAAAUGAUUUGUUGACGUUUUAGUCAUAAAGUGAUCAUAGUUGUUACUUCACGGCUGUUCAGUGUUUCUGUAAAGCAUUUUUUUAACUAUCAAGGCAGAUGUCUGGUCAAUAAAGGAGACAAUUUGAAAAUAUGAA